CUUCUAUCAAAGAAUCCAAUGUCUGAAUAUUGAGCGGCAAGCUUUAUUGACUUUUGUGUUUUGUACUACCAUUUUCGUUUCUUUGAUUCUGCCCAGUCCUCUCAGAGGCUGGCGCACUGGCUCGCGCUCUUCAUAUAAGCUAUGCGCCUACAGAUAAUGCCCAUAUUCUUUCACGAUGGACGGCGAUUGGGCUGAGGUAUGUUUCGCGAUGUCAUUGUCGUAAUUUAGACUUUUCAUGUAUUUCAAGUAUAGAAAGAAAGGGUGCCUGUCUUGUAUGAACUUGAAAAGCAUCAUAUCCAGUCAUGAAUGAGGUGUCAAGCUUAUGCUAAUCCAGGUCUUCUACAGGUCACCCGGAUUCCGUUCCCGCCUCCGGGCGUGCACGCGAUGCCCACUCCGGUUGCGACUAUGACCUUCGAUAACUCUCAGGAACUGCUUUGGACAGGUAACGAAUACGGUCGAGUUACUUCCUUCUAUGGGACCGAACUGCAGCGAUAUACCUCUUUCAAAGCCCAUGCAUCCUCUGAUGGCCCGAUUCGUCAAAUACUCGUUAAUGAGAAAGGCAUUGUUUCCCUGGGUGCCAAAGAUGUGCAUAUGGCUAUUCGGAGAGGACUGCCUAUAUGGCAUAUCAGACAUGAUGAUAUGAAAGAUCUACGAUGUAUGAGCUUCACGUCUAAGGGAACAGCAGAGAUUAUCGCUGCAGGAAUGCAAGACACGAUGCUUGUCAUUGACCUCAUUAAGGGUGAUGUUGUCAAACAAGUGCCUACCGAACAUCAGUACACGAUAAUGAGACGCGGGCGUUAUAUAUGCGCCGCAACUCAGACCGGCUCCGUCAACUUACUAGAUCCUGUCACUUUUGCUGUCGUCAAGUCUUGGAAUGCACACUCUGCUUUGAUCAAUGACAUGGACGCUCAGCAUGACUUCAUCGUUACUUGCGGAUACUCCUUAAGACAGGGCCAGAAUUAUAUGCUUGACCCCUUCCUCAACGUCUUCGAUAUAAAGAAGAUGUCAUCGAUGCCCCCCAUCCCUUUCCCAGCUGGCGCUGCCUACGUGCGCAUGCAUCCAAGGAUGUUGACGACUAGCAUCGUUGUCUCACAAAGUGGGCAAAUGCAUGUUGUUGACUUAAUGAAUCCCAACACGAGCGACGUACGGUUGGCUAAUGUUACUUCCUACUUGAGCAUGUUUGAGAUUGCACCCUCCGGUGAGGCAAUUGCCCUCACAGAUGCUGAUUGCUCUAUCCACCUCUGGGGAUCCCCAACAAAACUCCAUUUCGUGGACUUACCAACUCCGAUCGAAUUCGCAACUCCUGAAGAGCCCCUACCCAAUAUUGAUUGGGGCCCAGAUACGCCCCUGAACAUGAUCGGAUUGCCGCAUUAUCGAGAUGUUCUGGCAUCCGCUUGGCCAGACAUUCCCUGCGAUGUUGGAGCACCUCCUGUUAAGUUUGAUCCACAGUUCCUGGCAGGGCUCAAACCGACUGAGUUUGGGAUGUACGGUCGUAAUACUCGGGGCUUGCGAAGAAAUCAGGCUGAGAACACUCGAAACGUGAACAAAUCAGGAAGCUCUGGGCUCAAGGCCCCCAAAUUCCUAAGUGAAAAAGCUCGCGAGCUUGCUACUAGUAACGCCGCUGCCUCUGAUAAGAAGGCUGACGAGCUGAUCAGCUCUCUUACUGAUAUGGGACUUGAAAGCAAGAAGUCUGACGUUCCAGUCAUGUAUAGAACUGUUGAGAUCAAAUACAGCAAAUUCGGUGUGGACGACUUUGACUUUGGUUUUUACAACAACACGCGAUACUCUGGGCUCGAGACUCAUAUCUCGAAUUCAUAUGCUAAUUCACUUUUACAAAUCAUGCACUUCACCCCUGUCAUUCGAAAUCUUGCUCUUCAGCAUGCUGCUACCUCUUGCGUGAGCGAGAUAUGCCUGCUGUGCGAGCUUGGAUUCUUGUUUGAUAUGCUUCAAAAGGCUGAAGGCUCGAUAUGCCAAGCAACGAAUUUACUGAAAACCCUAAGCAGUCAUCCUCAAGCCGGUCCUCUUGGUCUACUCGAGGAGGAUCCUCAUGGAUCAUCCCUUAACGUUAUGCUCCAAGGACUCACUCGCUUUCUCCUGGAUAAAAUCGUGCAUGAUUAUAGGACUAUCAACCCAUCAUCGACUGCCAUGGACCAGGUACUGGCCACUUCUGCAACGACCUCAAUCAGAUGCAUAAACUGUAGGAGCGAAUAUACUCGACCGGGAUCAACAUAUGUCAAUGACCUGCUUUAUCCAUCCCCUGCUGGCAGCCGAAAUGCCAAGUUACCGCGCAUCAGCUUUUCUCAAGUUCUCAAAAAUAGUGUUGAAAGAGAAACGACGUCUAAAGGAUGGUGUAGUCGAUGCCAGCGGUACCAGACCAUAGCGACGAGAAAGAGCAUUCACAGUAUACCGGCUGUACUCAUGCUAAACACUGCCAUCACAAACCAGGAUCAACGAAUGCUUUGGUCAACACCAGGCUGGCUUCCCGAGGAGAUUGGAAUCAUAGUAGAGCAAGGGCAGUUUUUCUGUUACGAAGGCGAAGACCUGAAACUUCAUCUCCAGAGGGGCAUCCACAACAUCACAGUGUAUUCGUUGACAGGUAUGGCCAUCAACAUUGAGAGUGGACAAACGCAAAAGUCACACCUUGUCUCGAUGGUCAAUGUGGCACAUGCAGAAUCAGAAGCACCUGGAGAGAGUCGAUGGCAUCUUUUCAAUGACUUCUUGGUAAGGUCGGUCAGCACGGAAGAGGCACUCGCUUUCAACACAUCUUGGAAGGUCCCUUCUGUAAUCGCAUACCAGAUAAAGGAUGAGAACAACAAGAUCGAUACUGAAUGGAAGAACAAUAUCGAUACUUCCAUACUUUACCAAGACUUCAAGUAUGCCCCAGCCCGCUGUAAACCUUAUGUUGCUAACGUUCUUCAGUCCAAACGCCGAUCCAUCAACAAAGACCUAUCAAUUGCUCAACCCUGAAACCGAAGCCCCUGGCCCUGAUACCAUCAUUGCACUGGACACUGAGUUUGUUGCUGUGCGACAACCUGAAAUUGAAAUGAAUUCUGAUGGUGAGCGAGAAACCAUACGGCCGAUAGUGUACGCACUUGCUCGUGCAUCAGUUGUCCGUGGUCAGGGGGAAAACGAAGGGACACCCUUCAUCGAUGAUUACAUUGACAUCAAGGAACCGAUCGUCGACUAUUUGACAUCGUAUUCGGGAAUCACUGAACAAGACUUGGAUCCUAGAGUUUCGAAACAUAGUCUCCUGUCAUUGAAGAUGGCAUACAAGAAGAUGUGGAUUCUUCUUAACCUCGGAUGUAAGUUCCUUGGUCACGGACUAAAACAAGACUUCCGAGUUAUCAACAUACACAUUCCUAAGUCGCAGGUCAUCGACACGAUUGACCUGUUCUUCCUCCAAACUCGGUUAAGAAGGCUAUCGCUGGCUUUUCUGGCGUGGUAUCUCCUGAAGGAAGAUAUUCAAAUGGAGACCCACGAUUCGAUCGAAGAUUCACGGACAGCACUCAAGUUGUAUAAGAAGUAUCUCGAGUUCCAGGAUGCCGGAAUCUUGGAGACGAUGCUGCAAGAUAUUUAUCGAGCUGGUCGAGAGGUUAACUUUAAACCGCCUCGCAAGGACGGCCAGCAUAUCCCAAGGACGGACACGCCUCCCCCCUUGCCAGUCGAUGGCUCAACAGGGCCGGUAACACCUGUCAGAAGUAACAACAUUCUGGCACAGACACCUGGAUCUGCAUUUGGAGGUGGCUCUAGUUGGACACCAGGAAAGGGAUCACCAUUACCAUAGGAAUCGGAAGGUGGAAAUUCCAAUCAGGAUCCAGAAGAGGAAGAAGAAGAGCUAUUGAUAGAUUUGCGAGCUCGAAGAGGUGGACGAGCAUUGGAGGGAAAGGCAGCAGCAAAGUCACCAUUGAUGAGAUGGAGAUUCGAUCAGCGUUCGAGCAUAGAGUCGAAUUUUAUGUGGGAGAGUUGACCUCAAGCAUAGAGUGGCGCUUAAACGCCCAGAAACCAAGUAGCGUACUUGGAAAAAUUUACUAUCAUUGAUGAA